UUUCAGGUUUUUUAAGUUAGGAUGACGUAAUCAGCUUGCCUUAUACACUGGAUCAUGAAACUUCCAAAGCUGAACUUGGUGUGUUUCGUUUUUAUUUUGCAAUUAACUUAUUGUUUUGGUGAAGAUUAUUAUGAAGUGCUCGGAGUAUCCAAGGAUGCCUCACUCAAACAGAUUCGUAAGGCUUUCAAAAAACUUGCACUUACCAUGCAUCCAGACAAAAACGUCAAUGACCCAGAAGCCCAUAAUAAAUUUAUAAAAAUCAAUGGAAUUUACGAAGUGUUGAAAGAUGAAGACCUUCGUAAGAAAUACGAUCAAUUUGGUGAAGAGGGAUUGAAGGAGAAUGGUCGUGGAGGAGGAAGAUAUGAAAGUUAUAAUUAUUAUAGAGACGAAUUCGGUAUUUAUGAUGAUGACCCAGAUGUUGUUACUCUCGAUGGAAGUGAUUUUGAUGCUGCGGUGAAAUCAGGGGAAACGUGGUUUGUUAAUUUUUAUUCUCCAAGAUGUUCGCACUGCCAUGAUCUUGCACCAACUUGGAGAGAAUUCGCGAAAGAAAUGACCGGGGUCGUUAACAUUGCUGCCCUAGAAUGCUCAGGCAUGAACCUUAUAUUCUGUUUGAAACAAAAGAUACGAUCGUUCCCAAAUUUAAGAUUCUUCAGACCCCAAACUGAGCCAAUCAAGUACAUGGGGGAUCGCAGCAAAAAAGAUCUGAUGAAGUUCGUGUUGGAGCAUGUCAAUAUUGAUGUGGUUGACCUUUGGGACGGAAACAUCGCUGAAGAAAUUUCUUCUCACCCCAAACUACCAUGGGUGGUAUCGUUCUGUGGCGGGGACGCGGAAGCUCAUGAGGACGAAGAUGGAGAAAUCAUUGGAGAUUGUCCUUCCAGGAACACGAGGAUGAAAAUGGCCGGCUUAUUGAAAGAUAUUGCAAAUGUUGGCUCUAUCGAUUGUGGGACUUCUCCAGAGUUAUGCAAGCGAGCAAAUGCGUCAAAAAAAGCAGGAGUUUAUUAUUUUCCCCUCGACACUUUUCCUGAACCAAAGAAAAAUGACAGAAUUCACUCAUUUAGCUCUUUGGAUGCUCGCGAAAUAUACAGUGAAUUUAUGCUGCAAUUGAUGCCAAGCCUUACUAAAGUUACUGUUACUAAACUUGAGAAAUUGGUUUCUCGACAAGCUACCCUUGCUUUCUUCCAAUUUGAUACGACCAAUGACGUCGAUGUAAAAGAAACAAACUUAAAGAAACUUCCUCAGUUAUUAAAAGAUCACAACAUAGACGUGGUAAAAGUAUAUUGCAACAACACACGGUGGUGUUUUGAUAACUUCCAUAUAUCGCAAGAUGCGGUAUUGGUUUUCAAAGGCACAGGAAUUGAGGAAUAUGAAAUACACCAUGGUAAAUUAACGACAGCUGAGCUGAGUCUGUUUGCGCAUGAGAGCGUCCAUGCACGGGUAGCGACACUCAACGCACAACAUUUUCAUGAAAAUUCUCUAAAAGAAUCAAAUCAGCCAUGGUUUGUGGACUUUUUUGCGCCGUGGUGUCCCCCUUGUCGUGCCCUGCUUCCUGAGUUAAGAAAAGCUUCGACCUCAUUGUUGAAUAUUAAGUUUGGGACAGUGGACUGUACGUCGUUUUCGAGCAUUUGUGAAAAGUUCAAGAUUCAUUCCUACCCAACCACCAUGUUAUUCAACCAAUCAGUUGUAACUGAAUAUAAUGGACAGCAUAAUUCACAUGGAAUACUGGAGUUUGUACAGGAUUUGAUAAGCCCACCUUAUGAACAUUUAAAUCCUGAAUCAUUCAAGGAUAAAGUGCUUCGUCGUGGUGUUGGCGUAACAUGGAUAGUAGAUUUCUAUGCUAAGUGGUGUGGACCAUGUAAGGCGAUGCUUCCAGCGUGGAGACAAAUGGCAAAGUUGCUGGAAGGCGUUGUAAAAGUAGGGGCUGUGGAUUGCGCAAUACCAACCAACAACCAACUUUGUAAAACACAAGGAGUGAAUGCUUAUCCGGAAAUCCGGCUUUUUCCUUCCAAGAAGAAACCACGUUCCAAUCCUUUGUAUAAAGUCUACACCGACUGGAAUCGGCAAGCACUUGCAAUGGCAGGAUGGGCUAUCGAAUCAACAAAUCACGAUGUAAAAGAUAUGACAAUGGAAGAUUUCGAUCGGGGUCAACUUAUCGACAAACAAGCGUGGUUGCUUGAUUUUUACGCCCCGUGGUGUGGCCCGUGUAUGGCAUUCUCACCUAAGUUUAUUCUGACCUCAUUCAGGUUCGUAGGAAGGGUUAAGUUUGGCAAAGUCAACUGCCAACAAUUCCCUUCGAUUUGUAGCCAAGCAGGGGUUAACGCUUAUCCAUCUGUGAAAUUUUAUCAUCCGGUAAAAUCAGAUGAGAAGAGAAGUUCGGUCAAAUCCAUAACAUCUCAGGAUCCUGAUGAAAUAACUCAAUUGGUGGAACAAUUUAUUCAACCAUAUAAACAUCUGAUAAAAAAGAAAUCAUCACAGAAGAAAAAAGAUGAAUUAUAAAAGCAGAUGAAAGUGAAGUAGAUUUAACUUAGGAAAUAUUUUGCACAAAGUUGUGAAGCAAAGUUUACCUUGAAUUGGCAAGUUGUUGCGGAAGUAUUGUCGCUCGUGCUUAGAUUUAUAUUGGAAGCUGUGCAUUAAGUUCGUACAUUCGUUAUUACACACAACUUAUUUACACCUUGCGACCAUAUUUGUUGCAGAUAUAAUAUAAUACACGAAACAUUUGGUUA